CAGCGCGCACAAACAGAUACUCGGGAACGCCGUCACCUGUGGCGGCAGGAAUCUGGCUGGGCCGGAUCGUCCGCCGCGACGUUCCACGAAAAACAGGCACGGCUCAUCCUCACUCUGCGUCACAGCGCCCGACCCGAUCCGGCCACUUCAUUCUCUCAGGCAGAGGAGACAGGCGGCUGCUCCCUCGUUCUCUCUCUCUCUCUCUCUCUCAGGGAAGGCCGAAAAAGAAAUGGGCCGCAUCGGCAAGGAGGUGGCGGGACAGGUGUUCUGCUUCAUCGGCUUCGUCGGGGUGUCGCUGACCUGCGGCAUCCCCAUGUGGCGCGUGACCUCCUACAUCGGCGCCAACAUCGUGUCGGGCCAGAUCGUGUGGGACGGGCUGUGGAUGAACUGCGUGAUGCAGAGCACGGGCCAGAUGCAGUGCUCGAUCCACCAGUUCCUGCUGCGGCUGUCCAAGGACCUGCAGGCGGCCCGCGCGCUGGUGGUCAGCUCCGUGGUGGUGGCCGUCCUCGGCAUCGCCCUCUCCUUCGUCGGCGGCAAGUGCACCAGCUGCCUGUCCAAAGAGGCGUCCCAGGCCAAGGUGGUCAUCCUGGGCGGGGCCAUCUGCAUCGUGGCGGGCGUGCUCUGCCUGAUCCCCGUCUGCUGGUCCGCGGCCUACACCAUCUCGGACUUCGAGAGCCCCGCCACCAUCGAGACGCAGAAGCGGGAGCUGGGCGCCAGCAUCUACAUCGGCUGGGGCUCCGCCCUGCUGCUCAUCGCCGGCGGCUCCAUCCUCUGCACCUCCUGCCCGCCCGACAGCAGGAGGUACGGGUACUACCCGGGGCAGUACCCGUACCCGGGAACCACCAUGACGCCGGGGCCCUACGUGCCCGUCAGCUACGCCCCGACCAAGUACCCGCCGCCCAACUACGCUCAGCCGGGCUACGCCCCGCCCACCUACGCCCCGCCCGGCCGCGGCGCGCCCACCUACGCCCCGCCCAGCCGCGCGCCCACCAUCAGGAGCCAGUACGCCCCCUCGGGGUACCUGUGCGGGAGAACCGCGAGUGCCCCAGCUGGUACCCGAUCCCCGCACCCCCCGUUCGGACGGGCCUCCAUCUUCCAUCGCCACGUUGCCGUGGCGAUGGUUUCCGGGGGCAGGCAGGCCCUGGGGUUCGCGCUGGCGGGCGUGGGGUCGGCCGGGGUGGCGCUGAUCUGCGGGCUGCCCAUGUGGAAGGUCACCGCGUUCAUCAGCUCCAACAUCGUGACGGCGCAGGUAUUCUGGGAAGGCCUGUGGAUGAACUGCGUGUUCCAGAGCACGGGCCAGAUGCAGUGCAAGGCCUACGACUCGCUGCUGGCCCUGCCGCAGGACCUGCAGGCCGCGCGCGCCCUGGUGGUGGUCUCCAUCGCCGUGGCGGUGGCGGCGGCCCUGCUGGGCGUGGCCGGGGCCAGCUGCACCAACUUCCUGCGGCGGGACGCGGCGGCCAAGGCCCGGGUGGCCAUCGGGAGCGGCGUGGCCUUCAUCGCGGCUGGCGUCCUCUGCCUCGUGCCCGUCUGCUGGACCACCUCCACGCUGGUGACCGGGUUCUACAACCCGCUGGUGUCCACCGGCCAGAAGGGGGAGCUGGGCGCCGCCCUCUACGUGGGCUAUAUGGCCGGGGCGCUGCUGGUUUUGGGCGGGGCCAUCCUGACCAGCAGCUGCCCCCCUGACCCCGCCCCCACCCCCACCCCCGUCCCCGUCCCGAUACGCCAGUUUGUGUGGGGGUCCCACGUCUCCUACGUGCACCGACCUCCAGAUCCCAGGUGGAGCAGGAGACCUCGAUGAACCGGAGAAGAAGAAGCCCCAACAGAAACCAGAAGGUUGUUUAAGAACCGUCCACAGCAGUCUGUAGCCUGCCUGUCUGUCUGUCUGUAGCCAGUCAGUACCCUGUCUUUCUGUUUGUCCGUCUGUCUGUAGCCUGUCUGUUUGUCUGUCUGUAGCCUGUCUGUCUGUCUAUCCGUUCGUCUGUAACCUGUCUGCUUGUUUGUCUGUCUGUAGCCUGUCUGUCUGUCUACGACCCACUAUUAAUUUCUCUGCAGUGUGAAUAUACUGUACUUGGGGAUGGGCAAUAAUUAAAAUACUCAAAUAUGUGUAUUUGAAAUGUGUGCAUUUCAUGCAUAACAUGGGUUGCUCGUCCAUACUGCAUUUUGUAACACUGUGUCUUCUGUAGAAUUUAUUUUGCUAAACAGAAACAGAAUUCAGAGGCUAUUAGUGAGUAUUAUUGCCCAUCCCUGACUGUAUUGUAGGAAAUGUCUUAUUUUUCUAAUUAAGUUGAAUAGUUCAGUUGAAAUGUGAUCAACCAACAUGUUUUGCAUAUGAUCAAACAACAUGUUGAAAAAUGUAUCAAAAUAUAAGCAUAUAAGCAAAAUAUAAGCAUAAGCCUUGCACUAGAAAAAAAUUAUUUUUGAUAGAUUUUUAUAGAGAUUUUGUGUUCCCAUAUUCAUUUUGUUGUAAUAAAUGUGAGAGAAAAAAAACAUUUUUUUCAUUUAAU